GGUUUUUUCUGAUCAAGCAGACAGUUCACCAUAGAGUCCAAGGAUGAAUGUUCACCGUGGCAGUGACAGCGACAGAUUAUUGCGGCAAGAGGCCAGCUGCCUGAUGGAUGAAAUCUCAGCUGCCGCCCAAGAAAAAGAAACAAAUAGCCUGACUUCUCCGGGUCUUCAAAAUCUUUCUUAUUCCCUCGGUCCCAGGAAUGAUGACCUUUCGCUUGACUAUGCCUCUCAGCCAGCAAGUCUCCAGUUCCCUCACAUAAUGCCACUUCCCGAAGACGGCAAAGGCUCUUGCUUUCAAAGUGGGAAUAAACGGAACCAUGAACCCUUUAUUGCUCCAGAACGAUUUGGAAACAGCACUGUGGGCUUUGGUAGUAACCUUCACUCCCAGGCACCAGAGAAAGUGACACUUCUUGUAGAUGGCACUCGUUUUGUGGUGAAUCCGCAAAUUUUCACUGCUCACCCGGAUACCAUGUUGGGAAGGAUGUUUGGACCAGGAAGAGAGUACAACUUCACACGGCCCAACGAGAAGGGGGAGUAUGAGAUUGCUGAAGGAAUCAGCGCGACUGUCUUUCGAACGGUGCUGGAUUAUUACAAAACUGGUAUCAUCAAUUGUCCUGAUGGCAUCUCUAUCCCAGACCUUAGAGAUACGUGUGAUUAUCUCUGCAUUAACUUUGACUUCAACACUAUCCGCUGUCAAGAUCUGAGUGCUUUACUGCAUGAACUGUCUAAUGACGGCGCUCACAAGCAGUUUGAUCACUACCUCGAAGAACUGAUCCUGCCCAUCAUGGUGGGCUGUGCCAAGAAAGGGGAGCGGGAGUGCCACAUCGUCGUGCUGACGGACGAGGAUUCUGUGGACUGGGACGAAGACCACCCCCCACCCAUGGGGGAGGAAUAUUCCCAGAUUCUUUAUAGCUCCAAGCUCUACAGAUUCUUCAAAUAUAUUGAGAAUCGGGAUGUUGCUAAAACUGUGUUAAAGGAACGGGGCCUGAAAAACAUUCGCAUUGGAAUCGAAGGUUACCCUACCUGUAAAGAAAAAAUUAAGAGAAGACCUGGUGGCCGAUCUGAAGUAAUCUAUAAUUAUGUGCAGCGCCCCUUUAUCCAGAUGUCAUGGGAAAAGGAAGAAGGAAAGAGUCGCCAUGUGGAUUUCCAGUGUGUUCGGAGCAAAUCCCUCACUAAUCUGGUAGCUGCUGGAGAAGAUGUCUUGGAAGACCAGGAGAUACUGAUGCAUCACCCGCCCCAAGUGGAUGAACUUGACCGGCUAAAUGCCCCACUUUCUCAGAUGGCUUCUAACGACUUUCAGGAUUAGGGCCAGCUGUGGUCCACCCCCCUGCGAAGCUUCUCUGUCUGGGCUGCCCAAAGUCAGUCCUCCCCAUGAGUAAGAGACAUGCUUCUCCCCUGUCCUUUCCCUUUUUCCAUAUUUAACGUGCGUCCUUUCGGUAUAUCUGCACCUCCGGCAGGGGAUGAAAAAGCACGCACUGUAAUGAAGCUGCCAGCUUUGCAGCAGCUGGUAACUUGAAAUUUUAGGUCUGGUGCUGUUCACUGAGCCUUUGCAUAACUGCAAAAGCAGAAAAGGAAGUCAGGACUCCUGUUGCCUCAUCCAGCAAAACAGUUCUCAUCCUGUAUGCUGUGUCUUGGCUUUCCUGUGUUUUGUUUCAUACCAGGCACAUUGCUUAGCAGCAAAGGGACCAAACUUAAAAGGAGACAAUCUAUCUUCUACGAAUAGGCACUAACGGCAUACUCACUCGAGGUUAAUGAAGAUGCCGUUCCUGGUGGCAUCUGUCCAGAUUGCAUCAGGGAAGAACUGGACUCUCAUUCAAAAUGUCUAAAAGGAAAUUCUUAGCCCUUAGAUUCAGUUUUGUUUUGUUUUCAUUAAUGCAGUGAACAGUCCAAAGCCACACAGGUUCCGCGACAGGAAGGAACGUGGCAUAGUAAUGUUUCUGCAACCUUAGCAUCAUGGUGUUUGAGCCUACAUAGAUAAUUCAUUUAGAAGGAAACUCACAACUCAAGGAGAAGAGCCCCUCCCCAGCUCGGGCCACUUUGACUGUCCUGGUUGCAGUCUGCUGAGAAGCCACAGGUCUUCACCAAGAGCAGCGUGUUGCUGUGCGUGCGGCCGGGAGCCCUUAGAUACGACUUAAAAGCUUUCAAGAUGUGGGCAGAAGUUUCUCACGAGGGCUCACUUUCUCAGUAGGGAGACUUGUAAGAGCUCCCGCGAGGACGCAUUUGGGGUACGGCCGGGUGGGGAAGCAUCACCUGCACGGGCUUUGUCCCCAUACAGGGUUUCUCUGAUUAUUCUUCUGACACUUAGGGAAUGUUUUUUGGAUACCAGGAUAUUUUAAUUUUUUAAAUAGCCUAUCAGCUGCUCAUACUGAGUAAGAAACCACACUAAUGUCAUCCCCAAAGGAAGGAGGAGUUGAAGGGAAAUGAGACCUAGUAAUUGUUUGCUCUGUCAGCCACGAGUUAAUGCACAGCGUGUGACAACCAGAUCACUCUCCCAGCACUGAUCCGCCUUCCCAAUGUCCCCAUGGCUAGAGCUGGAUGUGUCAUGGUAUUCCCUCCCAUUUUGUGGGACAGGCUGGCCUUCCAGUCCCUGCCCGGAGCAUUCACUCAUCACCGAUUACGAAGAGGCACAUAGUUCAAGUUCUUUAAGAGCAUGACUAAUUUUCUUAAAUUCCAUUCCGUAAGAUACUAUAGGGCAAGCUGUCCUGCAAAGGUGAAGCCAGAUGGGUGUUGAAAGCUGCUCUCCAGGCUUGAUCAAGUGUCUUAAGAAGUGUGUUUUCUGCAUGUGGUCAGCAUCACAGUGGAAGUCAGUGCUGUUCCUUACUCUGAAAAAGUAAUGGGGUUAAAGUGGACUGUCCCCACCUGCAGAGUUCUGAUUACCAUUGGCAUCCAUUUGUAAGGCUGAUGGCCAGGGUUAAGGUUUAGGGUUAGGGUUAUUUUGUAGCCAGUGGGUAGUUUCAUUUCUGUGAAACUAUUGGCUCAUAUCUGAGGUCAGGUUUGGCUGCGACCUCACCAGUAUACAUCCGUGCCCACUCGUAGCUGACCGGCCCAGUGUUGUUUAAUGGUGCUUCCUUUACAUUCACUUUUCAGUUGACUUCCACAUCACCACAGAGGAGGUUUGCAUUGACUGUUGUGUAGUCUGAUACGUGUACUGCACUUAACACUUUUUUUCUGUGUGAAUGAUUAAUUUCCUUUGACUUUCAAGAACUAGAUCUUUUUUCCCCAAAUUGGGUUAAUGUGCUUUUGGCCCCAACCCCAUGGAAAUCUGUGGAGGUAAAUCUACCAGUGUCACCAGAAGGUGGUGACUGAGGAAGCAGCUUGGGCCCUCAGGCUCCUUCUGCUGGAGAGAGGUUUCCGCAUCCCACACCCUCCAGGCCUGGAGCUCAGCAUCACUGUAAUUUGGUGGCUCUCCUCAGUCAUAGCUGCUCCGUUCCCAGGGCUGGGUUGCAGUCAUUCCCUUGAGAACCAGUUACUGGCCACCUGGGCAGGAGGUGUUUCUAGCACAAAAGGUGGGACUCAGGUUUGGUGUUUUUUUCUAAGUGCCUAAAUAAGUAAGCCAGGUGAUUUAUAUAGAAACAUUUUCAUAAGGAAAUGGUUUUACCUGGACUGUCUUACUCAGAGGUAUUUUAGCAAGCCAAGAUGAACCUGACCUUGAGGUUUAGCAUCCAAGUUUGUCUGCAUCAUAUCACGUACAGAUGAGUAGGAAACAUUUGCCAUUGAGGACUUGGAGAGUAGUGGGCAGAGAGACGGGUUAAAAUGCGUCUGGUGUUAUAUUAAUGAUUUCUCCGAAGUGGAGGUAAGAAUGACAGCAAAAGGUAAAGCAGCUAGAAAGUAGCUGGAUUUACUGUACAAUAUGCAGUAGCCAAUAUUUUAAACUAAAAUCCAGAACAGUGAUAUUUAAUAUACACAGGACUAUGAAAAUACUGUUGAGUAAGCCCAGGAAGGAUGGCUGUAUUUGCAAAGUGUUCUAGCAGUCCUUGUGUAAGUAAUCAGAACACAGGCUUUAAUGCAAACAGUGUGAUGUGGAGCCUUUUUUAUUGCCUGAAAAUAGUCAAGGGGUUUCAGUAAUCUAUUGGACGCCACUUCUUGCCAUCAUUUUGAAAUUGUUAAAAUGGGCAUAGUGUGUUCAGAAAGCAAACCUGAUGCCUUCAUAGGAGAUGAAGCCACAUUCGUGCUCUGGGUGGGACCAUGGCUGCAGAACAUUUUCCCUAAAAGGCAAAAUGCCUUUCGUUUUGCCUCUUUACUUUGUAUUUAAAGUUGCACAUGUUUACCUACCAGUGUUUACGAAUUCCUCUAUUUGGGAUGCUUUUUUUAUAAUAAAACAUUAUCAUUUGGGUC